GAGAAGGGCUCCACCUUCCUGCAGCUGGGCUCCUCCACGGAGCAGCAGCUCCAGGUGAUCUUCGAGGUGCUGGAGGAGUACGACUGGACGGCCUUCGCGGUGCUCACCACGCUGCUGCCGGGCCACGAGGACGUCGUGGACUACGUGGAGGUGCUCACGGACGGCAGCUUCAUCGGCUGGGAGCACCGCGGCGUCCUCACGCUCAACCUGUCCGACGACGACGCCGACGGUUCCCGGCUCCGGCGGCGGCUCCGCGACGUCAGCGCCCAGAUCCGCCUGCUCUACUGCUCGCGCGAGGAGGCCGAGGCCAUUUUCCGGGCCGCGCGCGACGCCGGCCUCACCGGUCCGGGCUACGUGUGCUACUUCAUGAACGUCACCUGGGGCCAGAAGGACUUUUCCUUCAACGAGGACGGCUACCUCGUCAACCCCUCGCUGGUUGUCAUCUCCCUCAACAAGGAGCGCAGCUGGGAGGUGGUGGGCAGCUGGGAACCCCGCAUCCUGCGGCUGAAGUACCCGGUGUGGUCGCGCUACGGGAAGUUCCUACAGCCGGUGGACGGUGACCAACACCUGACGGUGGCCACGCUGGAGGAGAGACCCUUCGUCAUCGUCGAGAGCGUCGACCCGGCCACCGGCACCUGUAUCCGCGACUCCGUGCCCUGCCGCAAGCAGCACAACCGCACGGACGGGUGUGUCGCGGUGACACCGCGGAAGACCGACGGCGCCUGGAACGGCAUGAUCGGAGAGGUGGGCCCCGGCGUCCGGGAGCGCUCCCGUGGGAUUAUGGAGCUGUUCCGGAGGGCCCCGGCGUCCGGGCAUGUCCUGGGAAUCUGGGAGAUGCUCCAGGGAGCUGUUCUAUGGGGUCCGGGUGUCCGGGAUUAUCCUGGGGUUCCAGGUGUCCGGGAGCACUCCCAUGGGAUUAUU